AAAACUAUAACAUCUAUCAACAUGAAGAUUUAACCUGAAGAAGUCUCAGGUCUUGUGACCUGUUUAAAGUUUCAACCAUGUUCCUGUGUGAAAGUAUGAGGAAAUGAUGUGGCUCCAAAAAGGAGUGGGUUUGAUCAUUUUCUCAACCACUUUUUAUGAUUUUUGUCAUCAUGGUCACAUGGUCACGUUACUAAAAGGCGCAGCACACUCUUCCCGAUCAAAUCGCACAUUUUGAUUUCUGUUUUUCCAGGUUUUCUGCAGAAUGAGUAAAGUUAAAGUUACAUUUUCAUGCUAGAGAAACAAUAAGAAGAAUAUACAUAUCAGAUUAUAAAGUGUCUCAGAAGUUUUAUUUAUAAAACUCCUCACAUGGGAAAAUGAGAAUAAAACAAUUCAAUGAGUUCAGUCCGACUGAAAUACAAGACAACCAGAUUUUUCUGUUUCUGUUCUUCAGGAGAGUACAGUCUGCGAUGACCUCUGACCCCUGACCCCUCUGAGAGACACCUCUGAGGAGGAGGAGCGACCAGGACAGAUGGAGGGAGCAGGAGAGGAGGAGAGCCGAGGGGAGGAGGCUGAAACCUCCUCCAAACAGGGGAGAGCAUCACCGAGAAGAGGAGGCGGGGGGGGAAGCUGCAGACAAAAUGGCCUCAUCAACACCCGCAGGCUGGGGGCGGAGCCUCGGGAGGCGCUGCCGUCAGUGUACUCAGCUCCUCAGUACCAGGGUCACGUGGUGGUGAACGCCCCGCCUCAGCAGGAGCACAGCGGGGGUCCUCCUCAGCUCCUGAACCCCAGCGCUCUCCUCCCCCACCAGGCGGCGUCAGACCCCCGCCUCAGGUCGGCCCCCGGCCUCCUGCUGUGCCCAGAGAGCGUCCUGCGGGCGUGGGGGGAGGCUGGGGGAGGCGACUGCUGCGAGACCACCUUCAUUGAGGGGCUUGGUCCCGACGCCUCCCCCUCCACCUCCACAAAGGAGGCGCUGCUGUUCACUGACGGAAAGUUUCUGGACUUUUCUGGAGAGGACGCAAAGAUUCAUACGCUGUCGUACGACAUCGACGAUGACGACGAGUUCCAGGAGCUCGAGAGUGAUUACUCCAGCGAAUCAGAGAGCGAGGACACCUUCCUGUUGAUGCCUCCCAGAGAUCACCUGGGCCUCAGUGUCUUCUCCAUGCUCUGCUGCUUCUGGCCGCUCGGCAUCGCAGCUUUCUACCUGUCACACGAGACCAAUAAGGCCGUGUCUAAAGGAGACUUCCACCUGGCCAGCUCCAGCUCGAGGCGGGCUCUCUUCCUGGCUGUGCUGUCAAUCACCAUCGGGACAGGUAUCUAUGUGGGCGUGGCCGUGGCGCUCAUCGCCUACCUGUCCAAAAACCACCACUGGUAGGGAGGAAAACCACCCAUCAGCCCCUCACCUCCACCUGGAGUCCGGGCGUCAGGUGAGCGUCUCCUCGGCAGGUCGGCCCAAAAGGACCAGAUGUUUGAACGCAGAGCUCUGUCGACUGAUUGACAGGUGACUCUGAACCUUUCAGCCAAUCAGAGUCCAGGAUCUCUGUGAGGAAUGAAGCUCCAGCUGUUUCUGAUCAAAUCAGUUUGUUUCCAGUCUCUUUAUUAUUUCCCACAAUUCUUUGGUCAAUGAAGCAACUUAAAUUCAAACUGAACGAUUUUAAAUUUCUGUUUUCAACUUGUAACAGAUGUAAAAAUUAAAGCACCUCUGAAUCUGAACCAUUUAUAUUUGAACUGUUCCAGUUAAAUAAACACAUUGAAACUAAAUCAGAAUAAUCUGAAACUGAAUUUAUCAGAGUGGAAGUGAAAAACUCAGACACAGAAUGUGGGAAAUGAAGAAAAGUGAAUUUUAACUCGACAGGUUUCAUCACAAACAGAACCACUCACUGUAUUUAAAGAUGGCCGACAUGUCUCUACUUCCUGCCACUGUGUGAUACGAGCGCUGCCAUCUUUGAGCUGAUGACAUCAUUCAGAGUCUGUGCAGUGAUGAUCAGGGGGUGGAGCCACAGUGUCAAGGUCAAUCGUGACCUUUCACCUGUGACCAGACUCAUCAACAACCUGUACCACAGCCACCAGGGGGCGAUCCAGGUGUUUUAGAGAUCUGUCACGUCGUCCAUCUUUAUAUACAGUCACUGGUUCCACUGAGACUGGAUCACUGGAUCUCUCAGACUGGAUCACUGGAUCUCUCAGACUGGAUCACUGGAUCUCUCAGACUGGAUCAUGUUUCUGUCUUGUUGACAAAAGAGAAACUGUUGAACUCUGUUUUUUCUUUCUCUCUGUGGAUUUCUUUGGAUUUUCCUGCUCGUUUUUUAACCGUCAGCUGAUCAGAAUAAUCUGCGUCACAGUCAGACCGGCCUCAGAAAACACCUGCAAAUCAUUCGUCCUGUUGGUGUGAGAAUCACCACACUGUUACUGUUCCAGACUCACAGUCAGUCACUGGUCAGAAUAAUUUCUAACGGAUAAUUCAUCACCAUCUGUUAAUCCUCAGUUUACUUUUCUUCUUGGCAGUGAAACCCAACAGAAGAAUAUUUGCUGAUGUUACUGAGAGCUCUAGGUCUGAUCACAAUCACCACCAUCAGACCCUGAUCAAAAUAUCUCUUUAAUACAUCGUCUGCAAUAUUUCUUUGCCCCGCCCACCUGGGAUUACAGGGUGAUGGAAACUAACACCUCUCCGUAGGGCAUCAGGUGAUCAGCUGAUGUUUGAUCCGGGUCUGACCGAGGCUUAAUGUUUACAGGGCGGAGCUCGGACAGGAAGCUAAAAGCUCCCGUCUCUCUCUGACUGACUGAGGUCACGUUCCCCUCAGUUAGCUUGAUGCUAAGCUAACCUAGCUAUGUGUCCUCCAUACCAGCCAAUCAGGUUAUCUCUGCCCCCACACCGACCAAUAGAUGGCGUCUCCCUUCUCCAGAUACGAGGUGGAUGUUUUCAGGUGCUAAUGUGUUUUCUGACUAAAAGAGAAGGUUUCUAUUCAGAGAAUUACACACAUAUCCACAGCUACUGGAAAAUGACACAGUUCUACAGUUUGACAUGAAGCUCUUAUUUCACAUUUUCUACCCAGUUUAAUCCAGGUGAGAAUCAAACUGACCUGUCAGGGAGGUCUGGAUUAAUACAGAGUCAGGUAAUCAGUGAGUUUAAUGGUGCCUUCAGGUUCUUCUCUGAAGUCAGAAAAGUUCCUACUCAGAAGUUUGAAGCUGAACGCCUCCUGAAGUCGGAGCAACCCCGACAUCAGAAUCCAAGAUGGCUGCUCCUCAUCAGCAGCAGUGAACUCUCUGCUAAUGUUCCUGUUUAUAGCAGCUCAGUCUCAUUAGUUUACAUGAAGUCAGUCAGACACAGAGAACUGUUCAGGUUUAUCUGUGGACAUGUUGCUACGCUGUUUGUAGAGCGAUGUUAGCAACUGUUGCUAACAACAGCUAGUCUGAGAUACAUCUGAAUCAGUUCACCUUCAUGGUUUAAUGUUACAGGUUUGAAAUGUGAACGAUCUGAAGAGUUUGUGUUAAACUCUGACGUGAACAGCUCAGCUGUUCUUCAGGAGCAGGUCUGAUCUGAUUCUCUUAAAGAGACAGCACAUCACUUCCUGUGAGCGUCCAGAUCUGACCUCCGAUGUUUUGGCUGAGUUGAGUGCAGCUGCAUGUGAUUGGCUGGUCUGGAGACUGGACGUGUUUAUUAAAGCUGAUCUGAGAUCUGUUUGGGAAACGAGACCUCGGUCUGGAUCUCAUUCUUGGCAGCUUAACAUGUAAACACUGGGCUAAAGGGCUGCAACCAUCCUCACACCUGCUGUUCUACAGAUUCACCUGCUGGGCUGUGAUGUCAUCCACACCUGUGAAUGUGCUAAUGAUUGUUUUCAUCAUUAGUUAACCUGCUGAUCAGUUCCUCCAUCAAUCGAUUGAUCGUUUGGUCGUUAAAACGUCCAGAACCAGAACCAGGAGCCAAAGAUUCAGGAAACAGAAUCUGAGAAUAAAAUGACUCUUCACCUGUUUAUCACCUGUCUGUGAUUAUUAAAGGAACAUUCUGUCAUUUCUGUUAGUUUCAUCUCCGUGUCCAGCACAGACAACAUGUUUAGCCUAGCUUAGCACAAAGACUGGAAACAGGGGGAAACUGUUAGCCUAGCACACAUACUUCCUGCCCGGCUGCAAAACAAACACAGCUGCUCUGUGAUUGGUCGUUUUUCUUGUGUUUUUUUAAACAACUUUAAGUGCUUGCUAAUAAAAAUUCAAUGUUGUAUUUCCA